AAUGAAAUUUGUAGGCAAAAAUAUUCAUUUUUCUCAACAACAAUAGCGCUCGUCGACAAUAGUUUUUCUUUUCGAUUGUUUCGAAGGCUUUCGUUUGCGUUCUUUACUGUUUUGUGAUUUUCGAAGAGUGAAAUGAGUGGAGAGAGAAAGAGUUUCUUGCGUAGGAUCUUCGGAGGAAGACCCACGAGCAAUAAGAUAGGUGUAGAGAGAGAGGAGCAGAGAGAUGAAGAGAUGGGACAUGGUCCCACAGAGAAUCCGGAAGUCAGUGGAAUUCCGAUCGAAAUACUGGUUCUUCCUCGACGUUUGGAGGAUCCAGAAUCUAGUGGAUUUCAGCCGGAUCCGGACUUUCUUUCGGAGCAAGCCCGACGUAUCGAAUGGGUCGAGCCGAAGCUCUAUUGGAGUCCGUAUAAGAUAUCCCGACUGAGAUUAGCUCAUAUGAGCGACGAGGAGAUCGAGACCGAAAUUUGGGCCGAGGGCAUCGAGUUCGAUCGAAAUAAACGUCAUUCGGACCAUUUUAUGAGAGGGGCGCUUUCAAAAUUGGUGAAAGUGAUGAGGAAUGUGCGGGAAUUCUCUUGUUCCUGCUUUGAUGGCUGUAAGAAAAUUAAAGUUCAUCCGCUUAUGAAUGAUGAGUUACAUCUUCGCAAUCGUCUUUUCGGCCCUCUCCUCACAAACGUCGAAAGUAUAGAACUGGAGGAGUUCUAGACGAACUCAGAGACCUUGAAGUUAACUAGCGUGGUCCUAUCUUCCAGUUGUGAUUAAAUGAGUGCAAUUUAUCGACUUGUGACGCUAUUUACCGGACUUGACUCUGUAACUCGGACUUGACGACUUUUCCUGGAUUUGACAGUUUGCCUCUGAUUUGACCUGAAAACUCGGAUGUGACGAAGUCUCCAACGGGACUUCAAACCUCGGAUGUGACAGAAGGAUGAUUCUCGAAUGGACUUUCGAAUAAGCGGGGAAUCAUUUCCUUCGGACUUUUGUGAAUUCAAUGUGUUUUAUAUUGUGUUUGUGAUUUAAUCGAGGGACAGUUUGCCUCUGAUGUAUGAGCUGAAAACCCGGGUGACUUUAAACCUCGGAUGUGACAGAAGGAUGAUUCUCGAAUGGACUUUCGAAUAAGCGGGGAAUCAUUUCCUUCGGACUUUUGUGAAUUCAAUGUGUUUUAUAUUGUGUUUGUGAUUUAAUCGAGGGACAGUUUGCCUCUGAUGUAUGAGCUGAAAACCCGGGUGACUUUAAACCUCGGAUGUGACAGAAGGAUGAUUCUCGAAUGGACUUUCGAAUAA